GAGAGCACAUAGUAAUCUUAUGUGUGAUUCUCAGGAUGGAAUGGUGGUUCAUCUCUACAAUUCACAUUGUUCUUCUCUCACUAUGCUCCUCUAUACCACAAUGCCAGCACUACUUGAAUCGUAGAAGGGGAGGUGUCUUUCAUUAUGACCGCCAUAUGAGGUACCAGCUAAACUAUCGUAAUGCCCAAGAGGCUUGUGUGCAGGAUUUCGGGGGCAAAAUAGCAACAAGAGACCAAUUGGAAAAGGCUUUAAAUGUUGGGCUGGAAGAAUGUCGCGCAGGCUGGAUAACGUCUGCAGAGGUGGCUUACCCUCGCAUAACCAAACACUGGAACUGUGGGGAAAAUAAAACAGGAAUUAUAUCCUAUGGGAUUCGACAGAAUCUUCAAGAAAAGUGGGAUGUGUUUUGCUAUAAAGAAGAUGAUGAUUGCUCACUGUAUGACAGGGCUUUUUUCCAGGUCUUCUGGGGCACAACAGCAUCUCCAUCAAGAAACAUGUUUCGUACAGCUGUACCUGUUACACAUGAACUUACAUCAAAAACUCCACCAACAAUUUCCACAUUACUGUCUUCUAGUACAGUACCUAGCCGAGAAGGCAUAAACAGUAGGCUCCCUAAGGAAAAGAACAGGUCACAUACCAAAAAAAUAAAUUAUUCUGAAGAUCAAGAAAAUAAUUUUGAGAGUCACUUUCCAUCAGUGAAUUUUUCUGAACAUAAUGAACCCCUGAAAGAACAAGAAGUGAGGUUUUUUGAUACUACGGUGGAGCUGAAUAGCACCUCAAAUAAAUACAAAGAUAGUCAAAACAGAAUAGACAAGACUACCUUGGUAACCAAUAGCACAUAUGUUCCAGCAUCAGCGCAUGACACGCAGACAAAACCUUACUUGCCUACAAGUGGCAAUAGACUUCAUGAUGGUAUGAGUACAAAGACUUCUCUAAAUAUCUCUGUAACUAGAUUAGAUGUGGUAAAUAGCAUUUUACAUGAGAAGGGAUCAAACGAUAGCUCCUAUGAGAUGAUGGUUAGAAGAGAAAACUUUGAUGUUCUACCUCAGAGUUCAAUGAUUGCAACAACAGAGAAUCCAGAUUUUUAUAAUACAACAUUUCUGUCAAGAAGUAACUUUAUUACUGGAGAAUCUACAACUACUGAUAUAAACUAUUCAAUAACUACAAUAUCAGAAGUUAAGAAUUUUUUUCCUGAAAGACAUCAAAGGAAAAUGGACUUACAUAGUGCAGAUUUCCUUUCAACUUCUCAAGAUGAAGGCACAACACAAGAGAAUAUGUUUCAUAUCAGUACUUCACAAAGUCAUAAUCAGAUUGUACAGACUGUGUCUGAUAAUAUAUUAACAGGAGGUGAACAGGAGCAACCCAUAGCUACAACUCGAUUAGCUUUGUCUUAUCCACUGAUAUCCCCAAGUAAUUCUCCUUACGAAGAAGGUGAUCUGAUUAACAAAGAUCAGCAAAAUGUAUACAAUGAUCAAAAACCAGGGAAUGAAAUUAUCAUACACAAAACCUCAAACUCAUCUGAUAAGCUUACUGAACAAUUUAUGCCAACAGAGAAUCAAACAGAUGUGCUUCACAUGACAACAGAUCAAAUAAACACCCAGCACAAAACAUUACUUGACAUAUAUCCUACAACAUCUUCACAUUUACAUUACCAAGAAAAAGAGGUUCAGGCAUUUGAAGACUUGGAAAAGAAUGCUUCCAGUGAACCUACGCUAACAUCUAAUUUGGAAAAUGACACUAACAUAAAUGUUAAUAGAGACACCACAAGGGGAACCCCAGGGAACCGAAAAGCUGUAGAUAAAAUAUUAACACCAUCAGCUAUGACUGCAAUGGUAGAUUCAACAACACACUCAGAGAAAAUUACUCCAAAGACAUCUUCAUUCUUUACUCCAUAUGAUCAUAUGAAAGGGACUGCUAGUCCAACAAAUCAAAGCAAUGUAACAGAUUUGAACCUUGAUUCUUGUGGCGGCUGGCUUAAAGCACUUUCUGGCCAGUUUCACAGUCCAGGAUUUCCACAAUCAUACGAAAAAGAUAUGAAUUGUAUAUGGGUUAUUGAAGUGCCACUUGGUUAUUAUGUCAUUCUGGAUUUUGUGUCACUUGUUAUAGAAGAACACAGAAAUUGUGAAUAUGAUUAUGUAAUGGUUUAUGAUGGGAUGGAGAGUGACCAACGUGUGUUAGGCAGGUUUUGUGGAUCACAACUCCCUUCCAAAAUCCGUGGCUCAUCCAAUACGAUUACAGUGAUUAUGAGAUCUGAUUCAUCAGUAGAGCUGGAUGGAAUUUCCUUGCAGUUCAGGGCGACGCAGACUUCAUCAGGUGUUUCUUUAACCGAGGGAAAAAACUCACUGGAGGGAGUGGUUGAAAUAAACUACCAAGGUGUACGAGGAAACAUAUGUGCCAAGCAGUGGAACAACAAUGAUGCCCAAGUAGUGUGCCAGCAACUUGGUUUCUCUGGCCCUGCAAUUGCUACUAGGAUCAUAGGAAAUGGCAAUGUCUCAUGGGCCAUUUCCUUUGUUAGCUGCAAUGGAAGAGAGUCUUCCUUGGAGAAGUGCAGUGUGAAAAAUACAGGAGUUUGUGGCACAGGAGAGAGAGCAGGCGUUAUUUGUCAAGUGUAUGAGUCCUGUGCUAACCUGAAGAAUGCUGGAGUUCAGGAAUCUGGAAAUUAUAUCAUAGAUCCAGAUGGUGUUGGCCAAGGAGAAAGUCAUUUUCCUGUAGAGUGUGAUAUGGAAACGGACAUUACAACAGGUAUAACGAUUGUUGGACACAAUGCAGAAGGCAAAGAGAGAGUUAUUCCUUGUCAGACUCCUGGAUGUUAUUCUAGGGUCAUCACAUACAAAGCAGCUUCCUUGGAUCAACUUAGAACCCUGACUUCUAUUUCUGAAAACUGUGAACAGUUUGUUAAAUUGGACUGUCGACAUGUCCGUUUUUUGGAUGGACAAUGGGGUUGGUGGGUAUCCAGAGAUGGAGAGCAGAUCAUUUCAUGGGGUGGAGCCAACACAAAUGGUGGGAGAUGUUCUUGUGGAGAAAAAGGAGAAUGUGCAAAUGGUAUCACUUCCUGUAACUGUGAUGCAAAUGACGAUAUGUGGAGAAUGGACGAAGGAGCUAUUACAGAUAAGUCUUCUCUGCCAAUUCAAGAGUUUCGGUUUGGAGGCACAAGUGAUGUGCCAAUGGCAAUGGCAUUCCACCGGAUAGGCAAGCUCCGAUGUUGGGGAACCAUUUCAGAGCCUCCAGUGUUAGAGUCUUGUGCUGCUCUAAAAGAAGCUGGAAUUACCGAUUCAGGACGGUAUUUAAUUGACCCAGAUGGAGUUAAUAAAGGUGUUCCUCAGUUCGAGGUCUUCUGUGACAUGUCAUCUCAUGCAGGUAUAACAGUGAUAGGACAUAACAGUGAAAGACGCACAGCUGUGAGCCCAUGUGAAGAAGCAGGAUGCUACAAACGGGAAACUGAUCUAUUCUGCAGACCUCUCACAGCUCAAUGCUCUGACUAAAGUGUCACAAAGCUGUGAAACAGUUGUUAGGGUAAGCAUUUUUGGAAAAGCACCAAGUUUCAUUGGCUUGAUUGUCGCCAUUUGCGUUUUAUCCAGUCUGGAUGGGGCUGGUGGAUUUCCUGGGAUGGAAAGAGGAUGAAUUACUGGGGUGGCGCUGAUCCAUCUAUUGGAGGUUGUGCAUGUGGAAGAACAGGUACCUGUUCGUCCCCUGAUAAACUCUGCAACUGCGACAGCAAUGACAAUAUUUGGAGGACAGAUGAUGGGUUCUUACGAGAUAAGACAGUUCUACCAAUUCAGGCAGUUUAUUUUGGUGACACCAAUAAUUUCCCACUGGAGAUGGCUUACCACACCAUUGGAAAGCUAAGAUGUAGAGGCCAAGGUAUACAGAACAACUAGAUCUAGUAAUCAGCUAACAUUAAAAGCUAUUUUCUAUUAGAGAUACAAUACUUUGUGUGAAAAACAUGUAGAGUCCCAUCUAAGAUAUAUUCCUGAAAGCCCACAACUUUGGCAGACGUGCGGUCUCCAUCCAAUAAACAUACAGUACAUACAGCCGUUAGCUGGUUGCUGGGACAUUCCUAAAUGGCAGAUACUUUUCCCUUCCAUAGUAACUGAU